UUCUCCACCUCUCCGCGCAGCCUCCCUUGGAGUUUCCAGUUCCGGCUUCACGGGGGCGGGGAGAAGUAAGGAACAUGAGGCUGUCAGUCGCCGCCGCCAUCUCUCAUGGCCGUGUAUUCCGCCGCCUGGGCCUUGGUCCAGAGUCCCGCAUCCACUUGUUGCGGAACUUGCUUACGGGACUAGUGCGACACGAACGCAUAGAGGCGUCAUGGGCGCGCGUGGACGAGAUGAGGGGUUACGCUGAGAAGCUCAUCGACUAUGGGAAGCUGGGAGACACAAACGAACGAGCCAUGCGCAUGGCCGACUUCUGGCUCACAGAGAAAGACUUGAUCCCAAAGCUGUUUCAAGUACUGGCCCCUCGGUACCAAGGUCAGAAUGGGGGCUACACGAGAAUGCUGCAGAUCCCAAAUCGGAACAAGCAGGAUCGGGCCAAGAUGGCAGUGAUCGAGUAUAAAGGGAACUGCCUCCCACCCCUGCCCCUGCCUCGCAGAGACAGCAACCUUACACUCCUCAACCAGCUACUUCAGGGGCUGCGGCAGGACCAGGAAGCAAGCAUCCGCACCUCCCACACAGCUCAAACACCACGGAUUUAACUGGAGCUAAAGGGUGUGUGGCCCUCAUCAGUGCCCUCGAUCAUAGGCCUUUGCAGCUCUUUUAAUCGCUAAGAAGAACUAGAGCUAGAGUAGUGAAACAGACAGUCGUAAUGGAGCCCAGAACCUCUGGGGAGCCAGAUAACCCUCUUUGCACAAUAGAUAAAAUUCCUUGUAUAAAUAUAUGUAAACUGAUUUUUUUUUCUCCCUUUGGGAUUUCUGAGAAUAAGAACUAUCCAAAUGCUCAAGUCUCCAUGGGAUAGUAAAUUCACAGCAUAUGUUUCUGACUCUUA